AUGCAGUCAGAGUCAGUAAGAUAGAAGGCUAUCAGAUAUAUAAAUGAACUGUAGACAGAAGACGAUGAUUAGUUUCUUCCUUAUAAAUAAGAAAGGGAUCAUGUCGGAUUAUUAUUGAAUACCAAUAGAAAAUCAAAAUCUACUAACUAAUUAAACACUAGGGCCAGAAUCAAACAUGUUUAUAGUUUGGCUUCAAUCACAAAACAAUAACCAUCUUAAUCAACUAAAUAAAAUGCUGUUUUGAACCAUAAAAAAGAAAAUAGUGCUCAUAAUUUAGAUUUGUCUAUUCUUGUCAACUUAUAACCUCCAUCGACAGAAGAACAAGCCAAAGCUAAGCAAUAUAAAGAAAUGAUGGAAAAGAAAGCUCUUUUAGAAAUGUAUGAGAAGAAAAAAGAUAGUAAAGUAAUGAGUCCUGUUUUAGAAUAGAUGAUUGAAAAACUCAAUUCGAGUAUAACGCAAGAUAAAUUUAUUUGGAAGAUGAGCAAUGUGGACAAGGGUAAGAAUCUUGGCUAUUUGUUUCAUGAAUCCAAAUUAAGAAAACACAAUCGCAAAAUUUAGAAGUUGCAGCCAUCUCUCCCUAAUUAUGAACCAAAUUACUAAGCGAUACUACCCAAAUCAAUAUCAAUUCUUAUUAAACCUAGUGAGAAACCUUCUUAUUCUCAACAAAUCUAAGAUUUUAUAAGAAAAAACCAGUUAGAUAAGGAAUCAUCCAAACAACCCUAGACUACAAUUUCUAAGAAAGAUAAUACUCUUGAAAAAAUGUAUAGUGUCAUAUAGAAUCAAAUUACAAGAGAGGUUAACUAAUCACUUAUAUCGAAUCCUCAAUCGAUGAAUCCGUUGGAAGAGUUUAGUGCUAAACCUAUUGAGGAUACCUAUAUCUAACAAUUUCAUUUGCAAGUAAAAUAAAAAAUGAAGGAAACAAAUAGGGCCAGGAAGAAUAUACAGAAUAAAAUAUAAGAAAACACAAUUGAUAUCAAAUAAGACUCUUAUUAACAUUUUUAUUUUCCUUAUAAUAAAGUUUUAAGCAUUUUCAAAUUUUAUUUCUUAAAUAUCACUUUUAUACAUAUAAUUUAUUAAGUAGAAUGUCAGAGGAAGAAUCUGAUUAAGUCUUUGAAGAGGGACCAUCAAAGAAAUGUAAUUGUAAAAACUCAAAAUGCAUAAAACUCUAUUGUGAAUGUUAUCAAAACAAAGUAUUUUGUGAUAAUAAUUGUCAUUGUCAUAAUUGCUUUAAUAAUUCAUCCAAUGCUAAAUAAAGAUAAAAGGCCAUGCAAUACACAUUAGAAAAAAACCCAAGUUGCCUUUUAACCCAAGAUUAGCACUUCUGAUUCAAAGCCAGAUCCAUUAAAUUUUGGAAAGCACAACAAAGGUUGUCAAUGUAAAAAGAGCGGUUGUAUGAAAAAAUAUUGCGAAUGCUUUCAAGCUAAGGUGCCCUGCUCAGAUUAAUGCAAAUGCAUCGAAUGCAGAAAUUAUGGGUUCUUAACUAAAGAACAUUUUAUAAGGGCAACUAGAGGGGAUGAUGAUGAUUUUUUAUAUCAAUUGUUAUUGACUAAGGACUAAGAUCAUUUAUAAUCAGUGCUUUCAUAUAAAAAACCUUUAUUUGAGCAAAAAGAAAUUGAAGAUGUUAGUAAUUAAAUAAAAAAAAUUAUCUCAAAUAAUGAAUCAGAUCCCAUAGAUCCUAUACUUGAUGUUUUUAUUAAAUUACUAAAAAACGCCUCUGAUUGA